GUGCCAGUUGUCAAGCCAAGCAGUCCGGAUUCGCGCCUGCAGCUGUCAGAGCUCGGGAAUCGCAAUAGAAGUCAUCGCCAUGAAUCUGCCGCACGGACUGUCAAAAUCCCUACUUCCAUUCACGGUGCUCGGCGUCGUCUUAAUGUCAGCAGCCUUCUCGAAUGUAUAUAUCUUGUAUUUUGCAGCGCUCGAUUGCUAUGUGUGCACCUAUUUGAACGCUUACAGUGAUACCUCCUGUCUGAAGAACGCCAGUGCUGUUACUGUGCUCAACUGCACCAAGAAAUACUGUGUGACAAUGCGCGUGGAAAUGCGGCGUAACUCGAGCAAGGUGAUGUCCUUCCAGCGCGACUGCCAGGACAAGCCGAUGAUGCUGUAUGGCAAUAAGCCAGAUGAAACGUUUCGCACUUAUUUCACAUCCUGCCAACAGGACCGCUGCAAUGGACACGAUGGUCGGGUUAGAAACUCGACAAAUGGAAGUGGUGGCAGCGGCAUACACAACGCUAUUAUUCCUGGAAAAAGUCCUGGUCAGGUCGUGUUUCUUAGCCCCUGGAUAGCUAUCGUUUUGAUUAUCGUGGCACUUUGCCAGUUUCCACAGUGAAUAGAAAGCUUUCAAUACCCUACCAAAAUGUCUUUAAAAAUGGUAGCAAGAUAUCGGUUAAAUGCAUACUGCCAUGUAUUUUGUAUUCAAAAUUGCGACGUAAUUAUUUAAAUUAUUCACUGCUGAUUUGAGUUGCUUGACCCAUUGGAAAACCCACUUCCAAAAGCACGAGUAUAACAAGGGUUCGCUUUAUCCUACUACAACAUCUAAUUGCAAUUAAAGUUGCUUUUUUUUUGUGAUAAAGCCAGAUACCUUUUAACUAAGUAGGGUCUGCCGAUAACCAAUUACAAGGCCAUUAAACGGGGCCACACCAACUAAUUGCUGCGGUUUGAGGCCAGUUGCAGGCGUUGACAAAGUUUUGCGUGACUGCGAUCCAGGAUGCAGGAUGUAGGAUACAGAUGGGCCCAUGAAACCUCAACGGUAAUUGCAGCGACCGCCAGGCUUUUAGGCCAACAUCAUUGGAUCAAAGGUCGCCUUUGAGUUCCGGCAUGUCCACGCGCUCAAGAACGACUAUGAAUUCCAGCUAAUGACACCAAAUGGCGACGCUAAUGGCGUUUUUCUAAUGGAUUCGCUGACAUCUUUACGCGUUGAUAGUGGAAAACUCAAGUGCGAUUGGCAAAAAUCUAAUGUAAAUUCGUUUGAAGGCCGGACCGCCAAAAAUGCAGGCCAGUUAGAGGAUGCCUUGUAGCCUCGCGAAUCGACUAUAAUUUUGGAUAAGCAAUCAGUUCGACUGAUUGUUUGUUUGCCUUGCCUCAUUUGUGUUGCACCGAAUAAAUCUGAGAGCUUUCCCGAGUCCUUGACUUCUUGGGUACACAUUUCUGAAUUUGUGUUUGCCGAGCUCAACGCAUUAAAGUACCCAUGUGUAAAACGCCCGCCCGUUUUCAGUUCCCAGUUUCGUUUGACACGCUUUUGGCGCUGGCUAAAAGCAAACAACAAACAAACAAACAAACAGCUGCGACAACAACAAGCACAACGGCCAAGUUUACCCGCCCCCAUCUGACAAGUGCGAAGUGGGGUGGUGUAAAGGUGGGGAGUAGGCGGUUCCGCCCCUUUCGCAUUUCCGGUUUAACUCCCUUCCGGCCAGACAGCAAAAAUCGAAACUCAAUCCCGAAGUGGACAUGUGCUCUGCAAAAUUGAAUGACACGCCGGUUUGCUCCACUUUUUUCUUUCUCGAACAAGCCUUCACUAAAAUAAUUCAAUUUGAAUAUUAAUGUGUUUUAAUUUUGGAUGGAGUGGUGACCAUAGCUUGCCAUACAUAUGGAUGUAUCGUUAAUAAUAAAAACCGUCAAAGAUGAUAAAAGAUUUUAAUAACAAAAAGUUGAGUACAUAGUAUAUAUGUGGCAACCUGCUCAUAGCAUCAAUUUUUAAAUUUAAAAUUUCUUUCCAUAGAAAUAAAAUACACACGAAGAAGUUUGUUUAAUCACAACAUAUAAUAUUUAUUAAACAAAAACUCGCGCUUGCAAUUCUUAAAACAUGAAAGAUAAGGCAACUUUUUUCAUUAAAAGAAGGCAAGUUGCAGGUCCCAAAAUGUGGAACGGUGCCUAAUUAAAACGUUUUUGGUCUCAUCAAGUUAUACAAACAAUUAUACAAAAUUUUUCGUAAAUUAAGAGGGCGGCAGGAAUGCCAACAUCAAGGUGGCAGGCAGUUUUCGGGAACGGGGCUACUUAAGAGAUGCCACCAUUUCGGAGCAGGAAGUAAUUUUUACUCGACAAAUAUUGACUUGAUCCCAAUAAGAAGACAGCGCCGAGAAAUAUCAUGAAAGCAUUCCGCCUCCACCAAACUGAGGUGAUCCGAUCCCAGCGAUGUGUGGGUGGCGCAAAUGGCCGGUGGAGGAUGAAGAUGUGCACUUGGCGGUGGCCACCGCAACGGACCAUAAACAACGGAGACACACGAAAAUGGGCAGCGGUUGUGGUUCACUUUUUCCCCAUUCGCAUUCGCAGUUAUCCAGCCCCCACAGAGAGCUACGGGAAUUUUACCUUACAGCCUGCACUGAGAGAAAUUACCUAUCGCAAGGUAAAAUUUCUGAAUUAAGUUACGUAACAAAAUGGUCGAAAUAUAUCUAAAAAUAUAUAAUAUAAUAAUAAACAUAAAAUAGUAUUACUACUAUUUAAUCACAAUAGAAAGGGCAACGUAGUAUGCAUUUUAAUACAAAUUAAAAUUGAAUUAAAUAGGAUACAAGAGACUGCAUAAAAAAUUAAGAUCAAGAUGAAAGGGACACUUAAUAUAAAUAUUUGUUGCUCCGACUGCAUCAGUAGCCAUUCAAAUAAAACAAAGAACAUAAUU